CCUCCCUCCGCGGUCACGGCGGGGCCGCCGGCGCCGCUGCCACGUCAGGGGAGUUUCCCGAGGCGAGGCGGGCUGGGCAGGGCCCGGUCUCUCUCCUCCUCCAUCCCCGGCCCCCGCUGGUGGAGACGCUGAGGAGGAAGCGAGCGAGCGGCGGUGCCUGCUGCCAUGGAGGCCCGGUACAACCUCAAGAGUCCGGCUGUCAAGCGUUUGAUGAAGGAGGCUGCAGAGCUGAAGGAUCCUACAGAUCAUUAUCAUGCACAGCCUUUGGAGGAUAAUCUUUUUGAAUGGCACUUUACUGUUAGAGGCCCUCCAGAUUCAGAUUUUGAUGGAGGGAUUUAUCACGGGCGAAUAGUACUACCACCUGAAUAUCCCAUGAAACCACCCAGCAUUAUUUUGCUGACGGCCAAUGGCAGGUUUGAAGUGGGGAAGAAAAUUUGUUUAAGCAUUUCAGGGCAUCAUCCUGAAACGUGGCAACCAUCAUGGAGUAUAAGAACAGCUUUACUAGCCAUUAUUGGAUUUAUGCCAACCAAAGGUGAAGGAGCAAUAGGAUCUCUGGAUUAUACUCCAGAAGAAAGAAGAGCUCUUGCAAAGAAGUCACAAGACUUCUGUUGUGAAAUGUGUGGCACAUCUAUGAAGACAGCCCUCUUACCACUAACAUCUGGAAGAGUGUCAAGCCAGGCGGACAAGGAGGCUAAAGAACUUGCCAGACAAAUUAGCUUCAAGGCAGAAGUCAAUUCAUCCAGGAAGUCUGAUGCUGGACCCUCAAACACAUCAGGGUUGAACCACUCUGCCGCUGCACAUGAGCCACAGCAGGGUGGUGCAGCUAGAGCACUCCAGGAUCCAACAAAUGCAACGUCUGAAACCCAGAACAGCAGUGCAGCAGCCAGUCAAGAGCAUACCCCUCCAGUGUCCACUAACACUUCUAUGAGUCCUCGGCAGCGCCGUGCCCAGCAGCAGAGUCAGAGACGGCCUCCAUCUUCAACUGACUUUAAUCGGGUACAGCAACCAAGAGUCAACAUGAACCACACUGGAUCAACUGUUCUGAUUGUCCUUCUGACUCUUGCAUUGGCAGCUCUCAUAUUUCGUAGAAUAUGUUUGGCUAACGAGUAUAUAUUUGAGUUGUAACUAAUUUGGUUUGUCCUGAUAGCAGUGACCUGAGUGCUUCAUGGAACAUUCUGUAUUGGGUAUUUGGUAUGAUAUGAGAACUGUUUACAAAGAUUAAUUUUGUAUUUACACUUAAAUCAUUACGAAUGUUAAUGUACCUACGAUACGUUACUUGUAAGAACAGCAAAGUUGUACUUUUAACUACAACAAGUGUUAAUUGAGUGCCCACUAGAUACUUGGAGAAACAGUGCAGUGGAAUAGUAUCAUUAAGGCAUAUGGAAGAGGAGUCAAUCUGAGUAAUUUAUCAGCUAGAAAAAGGCAACUUAAAAGAAGUGGUUGAUUCCCUUUUUUUAUGGAACGUAAAUGCAAUUAUUCAUGUCUAAGUUUUAAGAUUUGACAUUGGAGAAGUAGUUAUGAAAUGAAACACAGUUAUGUGUUUGUGUCCAGUGAACUCUUAAUUUAGAUGGGAGACAGUUUUGUAACCACUUUUAUUUACCAUGACACAUUUCUAGAGGGGGAACACAUGCAAAUUGGUUGUGAUGCUGCUUUGUGUGUGUGAAAGGGGAAAAGGAUUGUAGGGGAGGUAAGAAGGGGCCAGAAAGAGAGUUGUAUUAUUUUGGUUUUUAUUUUUUGGAAGAAAGAUUGGAUAAUCUUCCACAAGAUUGGAAUGUCCUCUUCUAAUAUUCUCAAAUGUAUAUCUUGUUUUAUGAAAUUUGAAGAUUGUAUAAAACAUGUCUAUUCUCACCAUAGUUAUAAAUAUGUAAUAUAAUUAUUUACCCAGAGCUAUUGUCUUUUAAUUAUACCAGAAAUAUACGUAAAGUGUUGAACUGAAUGUUUCAUACCUGAUUUUAUUUACUAAAGAAUAUUUGAAUGUUGUUAAACUCCCAUAUAUAUGAACAUGUUUAAGAGAAAUAUUUAUUAAAACCCUGGUAGUAAUAAACAGUUUCAAGCCACUCUUCAGAUACGUUUCAAGUAUCA